GAAACUACAAAGAAAGUUAGCUCAAUGAAUUAUUAUGCAUAUCGUUUGAUGAUUCGUCAAAAUGCUGACAACUAGAGUUGUGCGGUUUCGUCGAUUGUUUCAGCAGUAUUGCGUUGACAUGUAUGUAAAAAUAGAAACGGAACGUUUAACAUUUAUUAGGUUGAACCAAGCCAAACUGCGUUCUGAGGAGUACAUCCAUUUACGUGAUGCAGUUAGUACUGAAGGAAAUGCACCUAAUAUUGGUCGAUUAACUAUUCUGCCGGCGACGUACAUUGGUAGCCCACGUCAAAUGCAUGAAUAUGCACAAGAUGCAAUGACAUAUGUUCGUCAUUACGGCCGGCCAGAUAUCUUUAUUACUUUUACCUGUAAUCCAAAAUUGAUAGAAAUUACUCAAUUGCUGCUUCCCGGACAAACAUCAAAUGAUAGACACGGCAUCACAGCACGUAUAUUCAGGCAAAAAAUUCGGUCCCUGAUGAACUUUAUUGUUAAACAACGCGUCUUUGGAGAUACUCGAUGCUGGAUGUAUUCAAUCGAAUGGCAAAAGCGAGGGCGCCGCACGCACACAUUCUUAUUUGGUUAGUGGAAAGAAUUCAGCCUGACCAAAUUGAUGAUAUCAUAUGUGCCGAGAUUCCUGUUCAUGAAGUCGAUCCAGACCUACAUGAUGUUGUUACUACUAAUAUGAUUCAUGGACCGUGUGGUGCCAUCAACCCCCAAUCACCUUGCAUGGUCGAUGGAAAGUGCUCUAAACGAUAUCCACGGAAAUUAACGGCGGAGACUGUCACUGGCAACGAUGGGUAUCCGCUGUAUCGGCGUCGAUCACCAGAUGACAACGGUCGAACUGUCACAACGAAAGUGAAAAGAAUGGAUUUCGUUGUCGACAACAGUUGGAUUGUUCCAUAUUCGCCACUUAUUUCUAAAACGUUCAAGACACAUUGCAACGUUGAAUACUGCAAUUCAGUUAAGUCCAUAAAAUAUAUUUGCAAAUAUGUUACGAAAGGCAGUGAUAUGGCGGUUUUUAGAUUGCAAUCCUCGAAUACCAACGAUGAAAUUUCACGCUAUCAAGUUGGUCGUUAUGUGAACUGUAAUGAAGCGAUUUGGCGUAUGUUCGCAUUUCCCAUUCACGAACGUCAUUCUACUGUUAUAAAUUUGCCGGUGCAUCUAGAGAAUGGUCAACGAGUAUAUUUCACGGCUUCGAAUGCUACGCAACGUGCUGAAACACCUCCAGCAACUACAUUGACCAGUUUUUUUGCAAUCUGCCAAAGCGAUCAGUUUGCACGAACUUUGCUUUACUCGGAGAUGAAACGUUAUUAUACUUGGAAUGCUUCAUCCAAGAAUUUUCAAAGACGGAAGCAAAGUGAUGCGGUUUCUGGGUAUCCAGAUGUGCGUUCUACUGAUGCUCUUGGUCGUAUGUAUACAGUUCAUCCAAAGAAUGAUGAAUGUUUCUAUUUGCGGUUGUUGCUGGUAAAUGUGCGUGGGCCAACUUUAUUUGAGACACUACGAACUGUUAAUGGUGUAAUAUUCCCAACAUAUCGUGCUGCAUGUGAAGAAUUGAACUUAUUAGAAAACGAUACCCAUUGGGAUACGACAAUCGCUGAAGCCAUUAUCUCUGCAUCUCCAAGUCAGAUACGCACAUUAUUCGCUAUCAUAAUUUCGACAUGUUUUCCAUCAAACCCAUGUAACCUGUGGCACAAAUACAAGGAUAGUAUGUCAGAAGAUAUUUUACAUCAAAGUCGUGUCAGUUCCAGAAAUCACGAUAUUGAGAUGAAUGAGGAGAUACAUAAUCGUGCUUUACUCUUGAUCGAAGAUAUGUGCUACCUCAUGUGCGGUAAUUUAUUAAUCAGGUUAGGAAUGCCAGCGCCAAAUCGUGAAAUGAAUGACGCAUUUAAUCGAGAAUUGGAACGGGAACGUGAAUAUGAUCACCAGGAAUUAGAUUUAGUAGUUCAAAGGAAUGUACCCCUGUUGAAUUACCAACAAAAGGAAGUUUAUGAUACUUUAAUGAAGGUAAUCGUUGAUGAAAAUGGUGGUUUAUAUUUCCUAGAUGCCCCUGGUGGAACUGGCAAGACAUUCCUUAUGUCAUUAGUUUUAGCAACUGUUCGGGCGAGAUCCAACAUAGCGGUUGCAGUUGCUUCUUCUGGAAUAGCAGCCACAUUGUUAGAAGGAUGCCGUACGGCUCAUUCAGCAUUCAAAUUACCGUUAAAUCUUCAAACUAUUGAAGAACCAAUGUGUAAUAUUGCAAAACACUCAGCAAUGGCCAAAGUUUUAGCGACAUCGAAAAUCAUCAUCUGGGACGAAUGCACAAUGGCGCAUAAACGUGCAUUAGAAGCACUUAACCGAACAUUAAAAGAUUUACGCAAUGACUCGAGAUGUUUUGGAGGAGCAAUGAUUUUACUGUCUGGCGAUUUCCGCCAAAUACUGCCAGUAAUUCCAAGAUCUACGGCUGCCGACGAAAUAAACGCUUGCCUCAAAUCGUCAAAUCUAUGGCGCUAUGUGAAGAAACUGCAGCUGACAACAAAUAUGAGAGUUACAUUGCUUAAUGAUACAUCUGCUGAAGAUUUCUCGGAGCAAUUGCUGACUAUCGGUAAUGGUCAAGUACCUGUCGAUGAAUCGAGCGGAUUAAUAUCAUUUCCAAAUAAUUUCUGUAAUUUUGUCUCAUCAAAAGACGAACUUAUCAACAAUGUAUUUCCAAAUAUUAUUUCUAACUACAAAAAUAAUGAAUGGUUGAGUGAGCGAGCAAUUUUAGCGGCUAAGAAUAAAGAUGUAGAUGACCUGAACUACAUAAUUCAAAAUAAGAUCAUUGGAACAAUGCAUUCAUUCAAAUCUAUUGACUGCGUCACAAAUGAAGAUGAAGCCACCAACUAUCCAAUUGAAUUUUUAAACUCUUUGGACGUACCUGGCUUACCACCGCACAAUUUACGCCUAAAGGUUGGCUCCGUAGUAAUCAUGCUUCGAAACAUAAACCAACCAAAACUGUGCAACGGUACGCGUUUGGUGGUUAGUAAAUUGAUGAACAAUGUAAUUUACGCUACGAUAAUGAUAGGAAAAUUCAAAGGAUGGCUUUCGCCAAUUAUGAUACGAGCUAAAAUCCUGAUACAAAAAUUAUGGCUAGACGGAACCGACUGGGACGAACAAGUGAAACCUAUUCGCUUAGAAAAAUGGUUCCAGUUCGCUAACAAUCUCAAUGACAUCUCGCAAAUACACAUCUUCCACCUGAACGCUGCAAUUUCGCUCUGCCUUUCACUACUACCGGUGUGGAUUUUGCUGGGCCUUUUCAGAUAA